AUGUUCCUUUGUUGUUUAGGAGGUGUUGACGACCGUGCUCAAAACCGUGCUCAAAACCGUGCUCAAAACCGUGCUCAAAACCGUGCUCAAAACCGUGCUCAAAACCGUGCUCAAAACUGUGCUCAAAACUGUGCUCAAAACUGUGCUCAAAACUGUGCUCAAAACUGUGCUCAAAACUGUGCUCAAAACUGUGCUCAAAACUGUGCUCAAAACCGUGCUUAA